AUGGACAGCAGCUUGAAGCAAAACGACACCCGCUGCCACCAAGAGAGAGUGACAGAGAGAGUGAGACAGAGAGAGAGAGACAGAGAGAGAGAUAGUUGUACCAACCUGAACAAAAGAAAAAAAUACAAGAGGCAGAGAGAGAGAGAGAGCAUACUAAGCAUAGGAAAUCUAUCGACGAGGACUCGAAUGGUACGUUUUAAGCCUCUGGCUCUGUUCUGUCUCUGUCUCUGUCUCUCUGUCUCUGUCUAUGUGUCUCUCUGUCUCUGUCUCUGUCUCUGUCUCUCUGUGUCUCUCUGUUUCUGUGUCUCUCUGUCUCUCUGUCUCUCUGUGUCUCUCUGUCUCUGUCUCUCUCUGUCUCCCGCCCCGACCCAGCGUAGGACUUUUUCACACACCAAGGGUGUACAGUUGAGGAUGGCGUCGACGGCGGCGACGGCGGCCGUGGUGGCACGCAGUGGGUGGCGGGCCGGACGCGCAAGGCGUGCGCUGGCCGUGGCGGCGGGGCGUCGUCAGGAGCCACUUACGCAUUUGAUUGUUGGGGCGGGCUCGGCUGGCUGUGUCCUGGCGAACCGACUGACGGAGAACCAGAACCAUCGCGUCGCGGUGCUGGAAGCCGGUCGCUCCGACCGUCACCAAUGGGAUUCGUGGAAAAUACAAAUGCCCGCUGCCCUGACCUACAAUCUUGCCGAUAACCGAUACAAUUGGUACUAUUACACUACGCCACAGCCCGAGCUCAAGGGCCGGCGACUGCCCUGGCCUCGCGGCAAAGUCCUCGGCGGCUCGAGCAGCCUCAAUGCCAUGGUCUACAUUCGUGGUCAUCCGCUCGACUAUGACGGGUGGGAGUCGCGCGGGGCGCGUGGCUGGAGCUAUGCCGAGUGCCUGCCCUACUUUCGCAAAGCUCAGACCCAUGAGCUCGGCCCUGAUGCUUAUCGUGGGGGUGAUGGUCCCCUUCACGUGUCCCGGGGCAAAGAAGACUGCGAACUCUUUGAAGCCUUUAUCCAGGCUGGUGUUGACGCUGGGUACGCCCGAACCGAAGACAUGAACGGCUAUCGUCAAGAAGGCUUUGGUCCCAUGGACAUGACCAUUCAUCAGCGGUGGUCUGCAGCCAACGCCUACUUGCGGCCCGCAAUGCAGCGCUCCAAUUUAAAAGUGAUUCCCAACGCCCUGUCCCACCGCAUCCUUUUUGAUGGCAAGCGGGCCAUUGGGGUGGAGGUGGAGCGAGAUGGCGUGCUUGAGCGCGUUUACGCUGAUAACAUCAUCCUGGCAGCUGGUGCCAUCAACAGCCCUCAGCUUCUCAUGCUCUCGGGCGUGGGUGAGCGCGCACAUCUCGAAAAGAUGGGCAUUGAAUGCCACCAUCACCUGCCAGGUGUAGGCCAAAACCUCCAAGAUCAUCUUGAUCUCUACAUCCAAUACAAAUGCAAAGAGCCUAUCACGCUCUUUGAUUACACCUGGAAAAAUCCGCUGCGCAUGGUCUCCACGGGCCUUCAAUGGUUUCUUACCAAGUCUGGCAAGGCUGCUUCUGCACAUCUCGAGAGCGGGGGUUUCAUCCGGUCCCGAGCUGGCAUUCAGUUUCCAGACAUUCAGUACCACUUUCUGCCGGGAGCCUUGACGGGGCAGCUCAUUCCUGGACAGUGUCACGCAUACCAGGCUCACUGCUCAACCAUGCGCCCGCUAAGUCGAGGCUAUAUUCGCCUUGCCUCGGCAGACCCGCGCGCUGCUCCGGUGAUUGAACCCAACUACUUUCAGCACCCACAAGACUUGGAGGAUUAUAUUACCGGCGUCAAGCUGACCUUUGAAAUCCUGGAAGAGGCUAGCAUGGACCGCUUUCGGGGUGAACGCCUGGCCCCCGCCCCAGAUGUCACCUCCGACCGCGCCAUAGCCGAGUGGAUCCGCGAAUCCACCGAAUCGGCUUACCAUCCAUGUGGAACCUGUCGCAUGGGUGAGGAUGAGAAGAGCGUCGUCGACCCCGGCACAUGUAACGUGCACGGGCUGGAAAAUCUUUCAGUCGUUGAUGCCUCCUUGAUGCCGGAUGUCAUUUCUGGCAACCUCAAUGGUCCGACCAUCAUGAUGGCUGAACGUGCCGCUGAUCUUCUGCAAAACAAAGCUACCCUGCCAGCCUCGGAUGCCCCCUAUUUCGUUCACGAGCACUGGCAAACACAGCAGCGAUAGAGCCGAGAUGGCCUGUAAGCUGCAAAGGCCCUUUUGAUUCGAACGAGAGUCCUUUUGAUUUGAUUGUUUUGCAUCUGAUUUGGAGUGAGAUUUUAACAUGUAAAAUCGCCUCGCGAGCCCUCCUCCACAGGCAGCAAGAAGCUAGACUCGGGAGCUAUGCUAGUGCGGCUGGCUAUAAAUUUAACAUGGAUCAUG